AUGAAGGUCUUCGUCGUGCUUUUAUUGGCAAUCAUCGCUAUUAACGGUGCUCCAACUAAUUUGGAUGAGAAGCUUCGUGCUCUUCAGGAGCAACUCUACAAUAUUGAGAAAGAAACCGGAAAUGAGCAGAUCGCGCCCAAAGAGACAUUCCUUGGCUUCGUCCCACAGAAGCGAAUGGUCGCCUGGCAGCCAAUGAAGCGAGGAAUGGACGACACGCGAACACCAUUGCUCCAUGCAAUCGAGGCUCGACUUGCCGAGGUUUUGCGCGCCGGCGAACGACUCGGAAUCAAUCCGGAAGACGUUUUGCAAGAUCUGCGAGCACGCAAUCAACUUCAGUAA